GACGGGAGAGGGCCUGCGGCGGGAGCAGCUUCGUCGAGGUGUUUUGCUGGGACACCACUGCCCGUACUUGCGGCACGAAUAAAACUCUUAGAGAAAUAGAAGCAUUUUUGAAUGGUAAACUCUUAACUGCAAUAGAAAUAAGCAGUCUUUCUGAGAGUUUUCAGAGUUGUUUUCCUCUGUUGGCUGGACCCAGGAGCCCAACUGAUGACCAGUUCAAGAGUACAUGUCAGUCUACUAGAUCUGCAGAACCACCAGGGAAACUUCCUUUAAUUGCAACAGCUAGUGCAAAACAGCAAGAGCACCCUUCUAUCUGUGAAGUACCAAAUUCUCACAACUGUACCACCGUUUCAUCAGAGGAAAUGAAUCCAAGUUCACUCAAGUAUACAUUGUCAUUGCCUUCUGGUACAACUAAUCAAAAGUUAGUUGAAAUAGACCCGCUGGAAACAAGCAUUGACAAAACUGUAUCUUCAAAAGAAAAUCAGUUAUGCAUAGAAGUAAUUUGCAACAGUACCUUCCUGCCUCAUGACAAAACUACACAAUCUCUGAGACAGUCUGGGAAGCUUACAAAACAAUAUAACAAUAGUUCAUUGCCAAUCCAUGGAAAUGUGACUAAAAGAAAGAAACUUGCAGUACUUCAUAAAUCAGAAAUUCAACCUAAUAUAAAGGAUUUUGUUAAAAAAUGUAGCUCAGAUAAUCUGCCUCAUUAUGGCAUCGACAGUGGCAUCAGCACUAAUGACAUGAAUUUGCAGGAAAGUUCAAGUGACUUGUCUCACAUUAUUCCUUUACCUCUUAAAUUUAGGAAUGAAAAUAAGAUAGAUUUUAAAAAGCUGCUUUUUACUGACAAGCGGAAGCCUGAAGAAACUGUUUAUUAUGCUGACAUGGACUUAACUGCUAGUCAUGCCGGUGAACUACUCACAGUUACAGUGAAAGGGAAAGAUAAAUUGCACCAAAAUAAAGUGAGUAAUGCCAAUUCUGAUAAAAUAUUGGCAAAUUUCAGAAAAGUUAAAUACUCUAAGAAGGAUAAAGAGAAAAUGAAAAGUAUGACUGAAGUAAAUUCAAAUCUGUAUACAGAAGAAAGUCACGCUUGGGCUGACAGUAGUAAAAUUGCAGAAACUACUGACUUACAAACUCAACUAUUCCAAAGUCUGACAGAAGAGCUACCUACCAGAAAUUCUGUAGAGAAACAGAGUUUGCUAGAUACCAGCAAAAAUUAUGAAACACAAAAUUGUCCAAGUAAAGCUACAGAUAGUGAGAGGACAUCCCAGGUUAACUUAAUGAGUCCAAGAAAAGAGACAAAUACAGAAGCUUUCUCAGAAACCUUUAAAGACAUGGAAAGCAAAACACAAAAACCAGAUUCAAACUUACCUGUUAACAAGAUGCCACCAGAAGUGUAUCGUGCUGAAAAUUUGCCAUUCCAAGACAACUCUUCUAAUGUAUUGCCUUUACAGCAGGACUCUCUGUAUACAAAUGAGAAACCAAAAAUAAACAGGAAAACUUUUCACAACCUUUCUGAAAUGAAUACAGAAAAAUACUGCGGAGGGGAAAAUGAGCAGUAUGGAGAAGAUGCAUCAAAGAAGUCUCAAACAGAGAUAUGUGACCGUGACAGCAAGGGAAUACAAGACCAGAAUAUUAUAAAGAGAAAAUACCAGAAAAAAAGUAGUUACAAACAAAGUAGAGAAACUGAAAGUGACAGCAUUAAUAAAAUUACUCCAAAAGCAGACCAAAGGAGAAGUCAUUUUUCAUCAGGCAGAUUAAAGCAUACAUUGGCAAAGGCCAGCCGGAAAGCAUAUGUAGUACCAACCAAAAAUCUGGCACAAUUCUCACUGUGUAAAGACAAAGGAUUAAAAAAUAAGGAUGCAUUGCAUGCAGAGGCUGUUGGUGUAAAUAAAAUAACAGAAACUCAACAAAUGCCAGCAGCAUUAGUGACUCAGAAUGGUAUAUCUAUGAAUACUCUGCAAGAUAAAGAACAAGAUGAUGGUGAUGAUGAUAAUACAUUAAAGAAAGUAGAAUCCUCAUCAGUGGCACAUAAACCCCAUCAUAUAAGUAAUUCUGAUAAUCAGGAAGGUCUUUCCAAUGUGGAGUUUGCAGCUCUUGAUAACCACAAUGCUGUCAUGAAUUUUGCUAUAUUGAAUAACUCUGAAAUCUCUGAGGAUCAGAGUAAAGCACUGGGUGCUGGAAAAGCAGAACAAAAACUGGAUGUUAUUUCUGAAGAUAGUUACAAAAAUACACUGAUACCUUGUCAUGGGAGAAAGGCUCUGCAAGACCUGACAAAUACUGGUAUACAAUCUCACACUUUCUUACCUAAAUCAUCCAAAGCUUUAGAAGGAAGUUUAGCAGCACAAUCUAGACGAAAGCGAGCCACUAUUUGCUACCGAGAACCCAAUCUAAGAAGCAAAUUAAGGCGUGGAGAUCAGUUUACAGAGACACAAUUUCUGGAUUCUCCAGUCUAUAGAGUAAAAAAUAAAAACAGGUUUAAAAGUAAACAAAAAAUUAUUUGAGGAAAAUUAGAGAAUUUCCUUUCUGAACAGUAUUUCCAAAGUGGGUACAAUUUUUAAAAUAGAUAUAUAUGUUUAGCUAUAUAUGUUUAGCAGUAUAGAGUGCUUUUUGUUCUUUGAGUAGUAAAGGUCUUUGAAAGUGGAAUUUCCUUGAGAGGAGCCCCUGGGUUAGGGACACAGAGCACAGAGGAAGGCAAAUGCAGGUUAGGCUUCGCGUUUGUGUUUUGCCUUUCAGUAAUUUCUAAUCUGUUCAAAAGGUUUGCAGCACUUCUUGUUUUGUAAGAAAAGUGUAUGUUUUCACAAGAAUUAAAAAUAAAUAAUCUUUGGGAAUUGUAAUGCCGCUUGUUCAUAUUUACCACAAGUAGAACCGUUUCUCAGUGCUGGUUGAAACAGACACAAGCAUCCCAAAUGUUAAUAAAUCUACUGAAAUAGAUGGAGAUAGUCCCUUUUUUUUUUAAUACUUGAAUUUUGGAUUUGACAGAAUCAUACUAAAAAUUUGAAUGAGGAAGUGUCAUUUUGAGUAACAAUAGACAGAUAUCUAAUGGUCAGGGUCUGCACCAGAAGAAGCUAGAAAGAAAAUAGAAAUUCAGUAGUAAAUAGGAUCCAGACAAAGCAACACCUUGA